AUGCCUAUCAAUUCCCAGCCGGAUCCUUCCUUCUUCAGUGGGCAAGGUGGCAGCAGUACGAGCAUCAUGCUUACCCGCUGCCUAUUUCUUACGCAGGUAUGUUACUUUCAGAAUGCCUGCUGCAUUCGCUCUGAUGACCGAUUCUUACUGCUGCUCCCUUGCCCACACCUUUCUCGCAGAUGCUUUGCUUAUAUUUCUUUGUACUCGCAGCUCGCUGUUUGUAUUAGUAGAUUGUUACAGAGUGGGGACAUUGAAAGCAAUCCUGGUCCUCGCUCCCAAAAAAAUCCGAGCCUUUCGCAAGGUUUUGAUGAUCAACCAUCGGUGUCUGAAAUGCUCGCUGAGCUUUUGAACGGGCAGAAAAGAUUAGCUGAGGAUGUCGCCGAAAUUAAAAACUUUCAACAAUCUGUUAAUACACGUUUUGAGACUAUCGAAUCGCGUCUGGCCGCUCUGAAGUCCUCGUCACAUAAGCCUGCCGUCCCAAGCGACAGCCUUAACAGUGAACUCGCACGUCUAACAAGCGAAAUUCACAACCUUUCAACUAAAAAUGAUGAAUUAGAAAACCGUGCUCGAAGGAACAAUUUAAUCUUACAUGGUCUGCCAGAAUCCUCCGAUGAAGAUAAUGAACGCCUGUCCUCAGACAUUGCGAAAUGGUUUGAGGAUAAACUUAAAAUGAGCUGUCCUCAAAUAGAAAGAUGCCAUCGUCUUGGAAGGCCUUCACGUGACCGUCCGCGACCCGUGAUUAUGAAACUUCUGGACUACCGGGAGAAAGUUUCGGUAUUAAAAAGUGGUCACAAGCUAAAGGAAACCGAUUACCGUAUUUCGGAAGAUUUUUCACUACGUGUCCGGAAUAUUCGCAAGAAACUUUGGGAAGCGUCUGAGAGUUUUAGGAACAACGGGUGCACGGUCCGCAUACGGUUUGACCAUAUAUUUAUUGAUAAAAUUCGCUAUAACUGGAACAGCGCUUCUAAUACACUAGAGAAAGUACAUCGUAAUACAGCACUAAAUAGCGUUGCACCUGCCUCUCCGCCUUGACUCCUUCGUCGCAAAACCAAUGACCUCCGUGUAUUAAAUAUUAACGCAAGAAGCCUUCUCAAUAAAUUUUCCGACUUCAUCUGUCUAGUAACUGCUCAUUCCCCCCAUAUUAUAGGCAUUACGGAAACAUGGCUACAUGACGGCAUAUUCGACUCCGAAGUUGCGUUAAGUGACUACACAUUGGUAAGAGUUGACAGACCAAAUGGUAGAGGUGGCGGUGUCGCCCUCUAUAUACAGUCCCACCUGAAGUUUUCAGUCCUUGAAACCCCAUGUGAAAUUGAAUUGCUUUUGUGCAAGAUUCAUUUGGAAAGGUCAUCCGCGCUAAUUGGAGUGUUUUACCGGCCUCCUGGCUCUUGUGGUGAUCAGUUCACUUUUCUUAGCAACA